AUGUCAACGUGGAAGCCUGAAGAUCACAUCCCACCUCCAAUAGCAAGAAUAUUAUCGAGACCGAACCCAAACUAUAUCCUCGCAUUCCUCUCAAUAACGCAACUGUUGAAAGUGCAGAAGAGAACAGGAUGGGUAAAUAACGGAGUUGAGAAUCCAGAGAGCAUAUCAGAUCACAUGUAUCGAAUGAGUAUAAUGUCCAUGCUUAUAAAGAACCCUCAAGUUAACCGUGAUAGAUGUGUUCGAAUUUCAUUAGUACAUGAUAUUGCUGAGGCACUUGUGGGUGAUAUUACUCCUUUGGACCCAAUGACUAAAGAAGAGAAGCAUCAUAGGGAGUGGGUUACCGUUCAAUAUUUAGCAAAUACUUUGGUGAAACCAUAUAAUGAAGAUGCAGCAAGAGAAAUAUCAGAGGAUUGGCUAACAUAUGAGAAUGGAACUGGAUUGGAAGGUCAAUAUUGUAAGGAUUUAGACAAAUAUGAAAUGCUUGUUCAAUGUUUUGAAUACGAACAAAAAUACAAUGGUGAAAAAAAUUUAGAUCAAUUUUGGGGAUGCGUUGACGUUAUCAAAACUGAUGAAAUUAAAAGUUGGACUCAAGAUUUACUGAAGGAACGUGAACUGUACUUUCAAGAGCUAAAAAAAUAA